ACGUUACCCAUUCUUUGCGUAAACAAAGUGUAUUGUUCAAAGUUUUCGGAAUGUUCCAAGACUUUUAAAAUAAGUUAGUACGGAUUUAAAGUUAAAUAGCUUUCUUUACACAGAUGAGCAAAGUAACGAAGAACAUUAUGGCAUGUGAAGAACAUAAAUCAUUAGCGCACUACUUGAAAGAAGUUCAUUCGUCUUUACGAAAAGCUUCGCACAAACUUGGCGCGGAACAGGCGUGGCAAGAACACUGCGAUAAGAAAAGCACGUUAAAGACUUACGCUCAAUGCAUGGAGAAACUGGCCACAACGCAUUGGACAGAGAAUUCCAAUAGCGAAACUAGUGAAGCUGUGUCAAGAAUAAAGUGGAACGCAGACUUUUUCUACGACUAUUUUGUAAACAAAUCAUUUAUUAAAUAUAGAUCAAAAGAAAUAGACAUAGCUAGUAAAAUAAACAUGACUAUAGUUCAAAAAGAAUCAUUUUCAGAUCCUGUAAAACUUUGUGAUGUAGGCAGCUGUUAUAAUCCUUUUUCUAUCUACAAUUUUUUAGAUGUAUUAGCUAUUGAUCUUUGUCCAGCAAACAAUUCAGUUUAUGAAUGUGAUUUUUUAAAUGUCUCAAUUGGUUCAAAAGUAGAUAUUUCCGAUUUUAAAGUAACACAGUUAUGUGACACCUAUUUUGAUGCAGUCACUUUCUGUUUUCUCCUUGAAUACAUUCCUAGUCCUGACUUAAGGUUAAAGGCUUGUGAUAACGCAUAUAGGAUCUUGAAACCUGGUGGUUUAUUAUUGGUAAACACACCAGAUUCAAAACAUGUUGGUGCUAAUUCCAAAAUAAUGAAAUGUUGGCAAUUUACUUUGGCUAAUAUAGGAUUUAGUAGAAUUAAGUAUGAAAAGUUCAAACAUAUGCAUUGUAUGGCAUUUAGAAAAAAUAUUUGUAAAGCUACUGCAGUGAGAUGGGCCAGUUUACACAGAGAAAGUUAUAUGCAAUGCAUAAUACAUAUACCUCAAGAUUUUUUUUAAAAGAAAUUGAAGCAGGAGAGACUUCUAAUGUGAAAACUGAUAUUUCUGUUAAUGAUUUCCAGGAGUUACCGUUCUGUGAUUCAGAGUAGAGAUAUUAGAAAAGCACAAGUAGUAGAUGAA